GUGACAUCAGAGGCAGACGUGCAGUCGGCGGUGUCCCUGGCCAGAGAGAAGUUUGGAAAGCUGGACCUCGCGGUGAACUGUGCCGGCAUCGCUGUCGCCUUUAAAACCUACAACUUCAAGAAGGACUUACCUCACAGCCUGGAGGACUUCCAGCGCGUUAUCAAUGUGAACAUCGCAGGAACCUUCAACGUGAUCCGCCUGGCGGUGGGGGAGAUGGGAAAGAACGAGCCUGACGCGGACGGACACAGGGGCUGCAUCAUCAACACGGCCAGCGUGGCAGCUUUUGACGGACAGGUCGGCCAGGCGGCGUAUUCAGCUUCUAAAGGCGGCAUCGUUGGAAUGACUCUCCCCAUCGCUCGAGAUCUGGCACCCAUGGGCAUCAGGGUCGUCACCAUAGCACCUGGUUAG